UUUGUUUAUAGUGAAACAAAAAAUUAUCCAAACUUAACGAGUGGGGCUGAACUCAGAAUGAGACUCAGUAAGAUGGGGAGGGAAGACGCAAGAUACUAUCAAUGUUGAAUUUAGAAUCUCAACUUCGCAAAUCGAAAUCGCCCAAUUCCUCUUGAAAUCUAGUUUUUGGGGAAUACCCAUGUUUUAAAAUCCUGGCAAAGAUGGAAGCAGACUAUGGAAGUAAUUGUGCCAAAAUUGAGAAGAUGGGAAAUCUUUCUGUUCCCCCUGGUUUUGCAUCCUUAACAUCUUUCAAUUUGAAAAGGGUUGGAAAGGUUAAGAAAACCGAUAAAUCGACAACUGCAUCUGAACAUGAGCCAGUCCAUGUGGAAAUUAAACCUGAGAUGAAUGGAAUUACUGCAUAUAACCAGAUUCUUAUGCAUCGCCCGUGGAUAAUCUUGGACCAGAGCAACCAAAAACCUGAGGAAUCUCACACAGAGCAUCUUCCUAUGGAUAUCCCUUCAAAUGCUUGUCGUCCAAAAGGAACUAUACGUGGAUGUCCAAAUUGCAGUAAUUGUCUGAAGGUAACAGCAAGGUGGAAUCCUGAGGAUGCAAGAAGAGAAGUCCUGGAAGAAGCUCCUAUUUUUCACCCAACAGAAGAGGAAUUCAAAGACACACUUAAAUAUAUUGCAAGCAUACGUUCCAGAGCAGAACCUUAUGGAAUUUGUCGUAUUGUCCCUCCUACUUGCUGGAAACCACCAUGUCUUCUUGAGGAAAAGAACAUAUGGGAAAACUCCGAAUUUGUUGCUCAAGUUCAACGAAUUGAUGGACACCAAAUUCAGCAUGCAAAAGAAAUUAUGGCUAGCUCUUGUGAAAAUACAAAGACAAAGAGAAGAAGAGGCACAAAAGUAGCUUUGGACUCUCAGCUUGGUAAUAGAAGCACUUGCACAACAAAUAACCAGAAUAUUGAGGACUAUGAGUCUGAACCCGGUCCAAAAUUCAGUCUCAAAACGUUUAAGAAACAUGCAGAUGAGUUCAAGAUCCAGUACUUCAAUUACAAGGAGAAGAAUAAGAUCAUGGAUUCUGAUAUAAAUUUAGCUAUACAUCAACAGCAGUGGGAGCCAUCUGUGGAGAAUAUUGAGGGUGAAUAUGGACGGAUUGUUCAAAAUCCAACUGAAGAAAUUGAGGUGCUUUGUGGUAACACUUUGGAGGCUGGAGUUUUUAUCAGUGGAUUUCCAACAGUUUCUGGUCCUUUGGAGACAUGCCCUUACCCUGAAUAUUUGAAAUCUGGAUGGAACUUAAAUAAUAUACUUUCACUGUUGGGGUCUCUUCUUUCUUUUGAAAGCUCCGAAGCUUCACGCAAUUUUGCCCCUCGGAUUCAUGUAGGGAUGUGCUUUUCUCCUCUCAACUGGAAAGUUGAAGAGCACCACUUAUACUCAUUAUCUUACAUGCAUCUGGGUGGACCUAAAGUGUGGUAUAGCGUCCCAGGAAGAUUUGCAGUUAACUUUGAAACAAUUCAGAAGAAGUAUCUCCCAGAUCUGUGUGCCAGGCAGCCUGAUAUGCAUGAUAAUCUGGUGAUGCAAUUAUCCUGCUCCAUAUUGAAGGCAGAGGGUAUACCUGUAUAUCGUUGCGUACAGUAUCCUCGUGAGUUUGUUCUUGUCUUCCCAGGAGCAUAUAAUUCAGGAUUUGAUUGUGGUUUCAACUGUAUUGAAGCAGUAAGUUUUACUCCUCUGGAGUGGCUGCUUCAUGGACAGAAUGUUGUAGAGCUAUAUUGUGAACAGAGGCGAAAGACAAUAAUUUCAUAUGAUAAACUUUUGUUGGGAGCAGCAAGGGAAGCUGUGAGGGCACAAUGGGAAACUGAUUUGUGUAUGAAGAGCACGCCAGACAAGUUAACAUGUAAAGAUGCCUAUCAAAGAAAUGGGAUCUUAGCAAAAGUUUUGGAAUCUCGCGUCAAGAGUGAAAGUUUGAAGAGGGAAUUUCUUUGCAUUUCUUUGAUAUCUGGAAGAAUGGAUGAAAAUUUUGAUGCCACUUGUAAAAGGGAAUGUAGUAUAUGCCUGCGUGAUUUACACUUGUCUGCCAUAUGUUGUUCAUGUUCAGAAGACAAGUUUGCGUGUCUUAAUCAUGCAAAACAGCUUUGUUUUUGCCCUUGGAGCAACAAAACUCUCCUCUACCGUUACGAAAUCAGUGAAUUGAAUGUUCUUUGUCAAGCUGUGGAUGGAAAACUAAGUGCAGUCUAUAAAUGGGCCAAAGAGGAUCUUGGAUUAACUGUGCACUCUCUUGCCUCCAAGAGAUCAAACCAAACCCCAGAAAAUGUUGGUGGUUCAACCCACCCUUCUAAAGACUUGAAGAUGAAAGAACCUAUGCCCCAUACAGGAAGUGAUGCAUGCUCGGAGUGGAAACAACUUAAAUCGCAGGCAAUAUCAAAUGCAUCAAAAAGGAAACAAAAUGAAGUGGCCUCCCAAGUCAAGGGAACUUCUAGUAGUUCUUAUGGCUUUCAUUCAAAAAUGAAGACAACUUUACUUCAGUCAACAAUCCCAGAUGAGAUAAAAGCAAAAGAGAAAAUGCCUCCAAAAAGCAUUAGUGGAGGAAAAAAUGCUGCUGGCAUAAAAAAUGAUAUGAAGGCACUUGCAGGUAAGCGUACAAUUUCAAAGAAAGUAGAAGGAGACCCAAAAGUAUCUAAGGUUUCUUCAGUUACAAACUCAAAUUACUUGUCUUUUCUACAAGAAAACACAUUAUUUGAAAUUUCAUCUGAUAGUAGUAGCACAUCUACGUCUUCAGAAUCAGAUGAUGACACAUAAGUAGCACAUUAUUUGAUAGCUCACAUUUUGCAUAUCGGAAAGGAAGUUAUUAGAGAGUCCUCUGUAUUUUUGUAUGAGCGGGAUAAUCAAUUUUUCAUGCAAAGAGCAGCACUGGAAAGUUGGAUGUGUACAUCCAUUAAGAAUUCCAGAUAAUUGUUGUUUAUAAUUACCAAGGUUGGCAUGUAACCUAACGUUCUUCAGCAAGUAAACAGAACUAUUGGUUCAUUUGUAUCCUAAGUUUUUUUGUCAUUAUUGUUGUUGUUGUUUCUCUCUC